AUGACAAGGAGCCUGGGAAGAAAAAUAAGGGAAGGCGACAAGCUACCAGGAUUCCCAGGUAAGCCUGUGAGUGACACUCAGACACCCACGAAGCUUCCAAGCAGGGAGGGCACACCUGGAAAGGAGCCCACUUCUACUAUCUUUGGCUGGAAAGAAACACCUGAGCAGCCAGAUAGUGAUGACAAGGAGCCUGGGAAGAAAAAGAAGGGCAAGCCGAAGAAGCCUUCGGAUGAGCCAAAGGAUCAGAAAGAACCAGACACCGUCGUUAUCACUGAAGUGACUCGUAUCAUCCAGGAAGGCGACAAGCUACCAGGGUUCCCAGGAAAGCCUGCAAGUGACACCGAGAAGCCUACGAAGCUUCCAAGCAGGGAGGGCACACCUGGAAAGGAGCCGACUUCUACUAUCUUUGGCUGGAAAGAAACACCUGAGCAGCCAGAUAGUGAUGACAAGGAGCCUGGGAAGAAAAAGAAGGGCAAGCCGAAGAAACCUUCGGAUGAACCAAAGGAUCAGAAAGAACCAGACACCGUCGUUAUCACUGAAGUGACUCGUAUCAUCCAGGAAGGCGACAAGCUACCAGGGUUCCCAGGAAAGCCUGCAAGUGACACCGAGAAGCCUACGAAGCUUCCAAGCAGGGAGGGCACACCUGGAAAGGAGCCGACUUCUACUAUCUUUGGCUGGAAAGAAACACCUGAGCAGCCAGAUAGUGAUGACAAGGAGCCUGGGAAGAAAAAGAAGGGCAAGCCGAAGAAACCUUCGGAUGAACCAAAGGAUCAGAAAGAACCAGACACCGUCAUUAUCACUGAAGUGACUCGUAUCAUCCAGGAAGGCGACAAGCUACCAGGGUUCCCAGGAAAGCCUGCAAGUGACACCGAGAAGCCUACGAAGCUUCCAAGCAGGGAGGGCACACCUGGAAAGGAGCCGACUUCUACUAUCUUUGGCUGGAAAGAAACACCUGAGCAGCCAGAUAGUGAUGACAAGGAGCCUGGGAAGAAAAAGAAGGGCAAGCCGAAGAAACCUUCGGAUGAACCAAAGGAUCAGAAAGAACCAGACACCGUCGUUAUCACUGAAGUGACUCGUAUCAUCCAGGAAGGCGACAAGCUACCAGGGUUCCCAGGAAAGCCUGCAAGUGACACCGAGAAGCCUACGAAGCUUCCAAGCAGGGAGGGCACACCUGGAAAGGAGCCGACUUCUACUAUCUUUGGCUGGAAAGAAACACCUGAGCAGCCAGAUAGUGAUGACAAGGAGCCUGGGAAGAAAAAGAAGGGCAAGCCGAAGAAGCCUUCGGAUGAACCAAAGGAUCAGAAAGAACCAGACACCGUCAUUAUCACUGAAGUGACUCGUAUCAUCCAGGAAGGUGACAAGCUUCCAGAGUUCCCAGGAAAGCCUGCAAGUGACACCGAGAAGCCUACGAAGCUUCCAAGCAGGGAGGGCACACCUGGAAAGGAGCCGACUUCUACUAUCUUUGGCUGGAAAGAAACACCUGAGCAGCCAGAUAGUGAUGACAAGGAGCCUGGGAAGAAAAAGAAGGGCAAGCCGAAGAAACCUUCGGAUGAACCAAAGGAUCAGAAAGAACCAGACACCGUCGUUAUCACUGAAGUGACUCGUAUCAUCCAGGAAGGUGACAAGCUUCCAGAGUUCCCAGGAAAGCCUGCAAGUGACACCGAGAAGCCUACGAAGCUUCCAAGCAGGGAGGGCACACCUGGAAAGGAGCCGACUUCUACUAUCUUUGGCUGGAAAGAAACACCUGAGCAGCCAGAUAGUGAUGACAAGGAGCCUGGGAAGAAAAAGAAGGGCAAGCCGAAGAAACCUUCGGAUGAACCAAAGGAUCAGAAAGAACCAGACACCGUCAUUAUCACUGAAGUGACUCGUAUCAUCCAGGAAGGCGACAAGCUACCAGGGUUCCCAGGAAAGCCUGCAAGUGACACCGAGAAGCCUACGAAGCUUCCAAGCAGGGAGGGCACACCUGGAAAGGAGCCGACUUCUACUAUCUUUGGCUGGAAAGAAACACCUGAGCAGCCAGAUAGUGAUGACAAGGAGCCUGGGAAGAAAAAGAAGGGCAAGCCGAAGAAACCUUCGGAUGAACCAAAGGAUCAGAAAGAACCAGACACCGUCGUUAUCACUGAAGUGACUCGUAUCAUCCAGGAAGGCGACAAGCUACCAGGGUUCCCAGGAAAGCCUGCAAGUGACACCGAGAAGCCUACGAAGCUUCCAAGCAGGGAGGGCACACCUGGAAAGGAGCCGACUUCUACUAUCUUUGGCUGGAAAGAAACACCUGAGCAGCCAGAUAGUGAUGACAAGGAGCCUGGGAAGAAAAAGAAGGGCAAGCCGAAGAAACCUUCGGAUGAACCAAAGGAUCAGAAAGAACCAGACACCGUCGUUAUCACUGAAGUGACUCGUAUCAUCCAGGAAGGCGACAAGCUACCAGGGUUCCCAGGAAAGCCUGCAAGUGACACCGAGAAGCCUACGAAGCUUCCAAGCAGGGAGGGCACACCUGGAAAGGAGCCGACUUCUACUAUCUUUGGCUGGAAAGAAACACCUGAGCAGCCAGAUAGUGAUGACAAGGAGCCUGGGAAGAAAAAGAAGGGCAAGCCGAAGAAACCUUCGGAUGAACCAAAGGAUCAGAAAGAACCAGACACCGUCGUUAUCACUGAAGUGACUCGUAUCAUCCAGGAAGGCGACAAGCUACCAGGGUUCCCAGGAAAGCCUGCAAGUGACACCGAGAAGCCUACGAAGCUUCCAAGCAGGGAGGGCACACCUGGAAAGGAGCCGACUUCUACUAUCUUUGGCUGGAAAGAAACACCUGAGCAGCCAGAUAGUGAUGACAAGGAGCCUGGGAAGAAAAAGAAGGGCAAGCCGAAGAAACCUUCGGAUGAACCAAAGGAUCAGAAAGAACCAGACACCGUCAUUAUCACUGAAGUGACUCGUAUCAUCCAGGAAGGCGACAAGCUACCAGGGUUCCCAGGAAAGCCUGCAAGUGACACCGAGAAGCCUACGAAGCUUCCAAGCAGGGAGGGCACACCUGGAAAGGAGCCGACUUCUACUAUCUUUGGCUGGAAAGAAACACCUGAGCAGCCAGAUAGUGAUGACAAGGAGCCUGGGAAGAAAAAGAAGGGCAAGCCGAAGAAACCUUCGGAUGAACCAAAGGAUCAGAAAGAACCAGACACCGUCGUUAUCACUGAAGUGACUCGUAUCAUCCAGGAAGGCGACAAGCUACCAGGGUUCCCAGGAAAGCCUGCAAGUGACACCGAGAAGCCUACGAAGCUUCCAAGCAGGGAGGGCACACCUGGAAAGGAGCCGACUUCUACUAUCUUUGGCUGGAAAGAAACACCUGAGCAGCCAGAUAGUGAUGACAAGGAGCCUGGGAAGAAAAAGAAGGUGACUCGUAUCAUCCAGGAAGGCGACAAGCUACCAGGGUUCCCAGGAAAGCCUGCAAGUGACACUGAGAAGCCUACGAAGCUUCCAAGCAGGGAGGGCACACCUGGAAAGGAGCCGACUUCUACUAUCUUUGGCUGGAAAGAAACACCUGAGCAGCCAGAUAGUGAUGACAAGGAGCCUGGGAAGAAAAAGAAGGGCAAGCCGAAGAAACCUUCGGAUGAACCAAAGGAUCAGAAAGAACCAGACACCGUCGUUAUCACUGAAUUGACUCGUAUCAUCCAGGAAGGCGACAAGCUACCAGGGUUCCCAGGAAAGCCUGCAAGUGACACCGAGAAGCCUACGAAGCUUCCAAGCAGGGAGGGCACACCUGGAAAGGAGCCGACUUCUACUAUCUUUGGCUGGAAAGAAACACCUGAGCAGCCAGAUAGUGAUGACAAGGAGCCUGGGAAGAAAAAGAAGGGCAAGCCGAAGAAACCUUCGGAUGAACCAAAAGAUCAGAAAGAACCAGACACCGUCGUUAUCACUGAAGUGACUCGUAUCAUCCAGGAAGGCGACAAGCUACCAGGGUUCCCAGGAAAGCCUGCAAGUGACAUUGAGAAGCCUACGAAGCUUCCUAGCAGGGAGGGCACACCUGGAAAGGAGCCGACUUCUACUAUCUUUGGCUGGAAAGAAACACCUGAGCAGCCAGAUAGUGAUGACAAGGAGCCUGGGAAGAAAAAGAAGGGCAAGCCGAAGAAACCUUCGGAUGAACCAAAGGAUCAGAAAGAACCAGACACCGUCGUUAUCACUGAAGUGACUCGUAUCAUCCAGGAAGGCGACAAGCUACCAGGGUUCCCAGGAAAGCCUGCAAGUGACACCGAGAAGCCUACGAAGCUUCCUAGCAGGGAGGGCACACCUGGAAAGGAGCCGACUUCUACUAUCUUUGGCUGGAAAGAAACACCUGAGCAGCCAGAUAGUGAUGACAAGGAGCCUGGGAAGAAAAAGAAGGGCCAGCCGAAGAAACCUUCGGACGAACCAAAAGAUCAGAAAGAACCAGACACCGUCGUUAUCACUGAAGUGACUCGUAUCAUCCAGGAAGACGACAAGCUACCAGGGUUCCCAGGAAAGCCUGCAAGUGACACCGAGAAGCCUACGAAGCUUCCUAGCAGGGAGGGCACACCUGGAAAGGAGCCGACUUCUACUAUCUUUGGCUGGAAAGAAACACCUGAGCAGCCAGAUAGUGAUGACAAGGAGCCUGGGAAGAAAAAGAAGGGCAAGCCGAAGAAACCUUCGGAUGAACCAAAGGAUCAGAAAGAACCAGACACCGUCGUUAUCACUGAAGUGACUCGUAUCAUCCAGGAAGGCGACAAGCUACCAGGGUUCCCAGGAAAGCCUGCAAGUGACACCGAGAAGCCUACGAAGCUUCCAAGCAGGGAGGGCACACCUGGAAAGGAGCCGACUUCUACUAUCUUUGGCUGGAAAGAAACACCUGAGCAGCCAGAUAGUGAUGACAAGGAGCCUGGGAAGAAAAAGAAGGGCCAGCCGAAGAAACCUUCGGAUGAACCAAAGGAUCAGAAAGAACCAGACACCGUCGUUAUCACUGAACUGACUCGUAUCAUCCAGGAAGGUGACAAGCUUCCAGAGUUUCCAGGAAAGCCUGGAAGUGACACUGAGAAGCCUACGAAGCUUCCAAGCAGGGAGGGCACACCUGGAAAGGAGCCGACUUCUACUAUCUUUGGCUGGAAAGAAACAUCUGAGCAGCCAGAUAGUGAUGACAAGGAGCCUGGGAAGAAAAAUGAGGGCAAGCCGAAAAAACCUUCAGAUGAGCCAAAAGACGAGGGAGAACCAGACACCGUCAUUAUCACUGAAGUGACUCGUAUAAUACAGGAAGGCGACAAGCUACCAGGGUUCCCAGGAAAGCCUGCAAGUGACACCGAGAAGCCUACGAAGCUUCCAAGCAGGGAAGGCACACCUGGAAAGGAGCCGACUUCUACUAUCUUUGGCUGGAAAGAAACACCUGAGCAGCCAGAUAGUGAUGACAAGGAGCCUGGGAAGAAAAAGAAGGGCAAGCCGAAGAAACCUUCGGAUGAACCAAAGGAUCAGAAAGAACCAGACACCGUCGUUAUCACUGAACUGACUCGUAUCAUCCAGGAAGGUGACAAGCUUCCAGAAUUUCCAGGAAAGCCUGGAAGUGACACCGAGAAGCCUACGAAGCUUCCAAGCAGGGAAGGCACACCUGGAACGGAGCCCACUUCCACUAUAUUUGGCUGGAAAGAAACACCUGAGAAACCAGAAAGUGAUGACAAGGAGCUUGGGAAGAAAAAGGAGGGCCUGCCGAAGAAACCUUCAGUUGAGCCAAAAGACCAGAAAGAACCAGACACCGUCAUUAUCACAGAAGUGACUCGAAUAAUACAGGAAGGCAACAUGCUACCAGGGUUCCCAGGAGAGCCUGCAAGUGACACACAGGCACCCACGAAGCUUCCGAGCAAUGAGGGCACACCUGGAAAGGAGCCCACUUCUGCUAUCUUUGGGUGCAAAGAAACACCUGAGCAGCCAGAAAGUGAUGACAAGGAGCCUGGGAAAAAAAUUAAGCACAAGCCAGAGAAACCUUCUGAUGAGUGUCAGGACGAGAAAAAACCAGAAAGUGUCAUUGUCCCAGAAGUGACUCGUAUCAUCCAGGAAGGGGACAAGUUACCAGGGUUCCCAGGAGAGCCAGCAAGUGACACACAGGUGCCCAUGAAGCUUCCGAGCACAGAGGGCACACCUGGAAAGGAGCCCACUUCUGCUAUUUUUGGCUGGAAAGAAACACCUGAGCAGCCAGAAGGUGAUGACAAGGAGCCCGGGAAGAAGGGCAAGACGAAGAAGCCUUUGGACGAGCCACAGGACCAGAAAGAACCAGAUACUGUCAUUGUCACUGAAAUGACUCGUAUAACCCAGGAAGGCGACAAGCUACCAGGGUUCCUUGAAAAGCCUGUAACUUACAAGCAGGAGCCCACGAGACAUCCAAGCAGAGAGCGCACACCUGGAAAGGAGCCCCUUGCAUCUAUCUUUAGUUGGAAAGAGACACCUGAGGAGCCAGAAGUAAAAAGCAAAACUGGCGUGAUCUUUGAUGUUUCUGGCUUUGUUAGAGAUGAAGAGGAGUUGCAUGAAGAGGUUGUGCCUUCGUCUGUUAUUGAACCCAGUGAUACUCGAAGUGGAGGCACACAAGAGAUGCAUACUCGACAAGAAACAGAAAAGAGGCAACGCCAGGGGUGGUUCUCGAGCUUGGUGGCGGCUGCAAAGAGCAUUACAUCUUGGGACAGUACUGAUGAACAGGCGAAGCCUGUUGCACCAGUCAGUACAGAUAAACAGGCCGAGCCUGCGGCCCCGAUCUUGCUAGACUCUGAAGGAAGUGCUGUGCUUGUGUCGCCUCAUACAAACAUUCGUUCUGGUGAUUCUAAGCCACGUGGUAAUGAUGAGCAUGACACAGCACCCCAGCCAGUUGUUGAGUUUGAGCGAGCUGUGCCUUCAGCUCCUUUUGAACUUGAUACAAGUUUUGAUGACAGAUUGCACCCUGGCGCAGGCGCUUCAUCGCCACCAAGUGUCAUUGAAGGACUGGAGUCCAUCAUUGGCAAUGUCCCGAGUGCAUCUGGGGGAGGAGACUCGAGAAUCAUUUCAGAGCGGUACCAUUCGUGUGAUGUUUCAAGUGAGCAGGAUGAUAACACUUCAGUUUAUUCCACUGGAACCGAUGACUCUUUUUCAGUGUUGCACAGUCACCGUCCACACGAUGAGCCAAAGGUGCCAAAGGGACGACAAAAGAAGCACAAACAAAAGCAAAAGGGUGAGACGUUUCUUGUGGCGUCAGCGGUGUCAAGUCACGCUGGUCGGCGAUCGCUGUCAAAGUCCCCAUCGCCGCCAUCGGAGCGUGACAAACCUUCAGCGUUUCGUGAGAGUAGGAGUCCUCCACCACCAGGUUUCUUACCAGAGGUGUUGGGACAAGUUCUGGCUCCUCGAUGGGUCACUGAAGGAGACCAUCAAGAUGUGACAGACUACACAGCUCAAGCACCGGUUCCACAAAGGUCGGCUCAACCCAGUUCUGAGAAGGUCGAUGAGUUUGUCAAAGCCGAUGCUACCACAUUUUACACUGCACCUCCUGGACAACAAUCGAGCAUGAGCCAAAAGCUGCACAGUUGGUUACCAAGUUUUGGGGCUGCUUCACAAAAAGAAGAUGCUCCUUUAGUUCAAGGGCAUUUUGAAAGAUACAGCGAAGACACUCAGUGGAUACCUGUAGAAUUUGUUCAGAGUGACGGUGGAGAAAAGUCAACAGAGACAGUUUUGCGUUCUUCACCGGGCACUGUGGAAGGAAGGCCGGUGAAAUCGCCAACUUCAUCUGGUGUGGACAGUGAAGAACCUCUACCCGAUUGGAUAGUCGACACCAAAUGGCCUUCGCAGGUUACCACCGUCAUAAUUCUGGUCUUCCGGAGGAUCUUUAUAAUUGAGAAGCUCCUGAAGGAAGCUUCCUCUUUCCGAGGCAAUGAAAGGCAGCAAAAGAUACAGGAAGCACAACGGCUGAUUGACGAUGUGUCUAGACAGCUGUACGACCCAGAUGUGUGUCAGAGCUUGGAGAAGUACCAUUCAGAGCACCCAGAAAUGGCGAGGCGCUACGGCGAACUGUCGGAUCAGCUUCAGCGACUAGCAGAGCAGCUUGACUCAACAAAGUCAUCGGCAGCUCAGCCGGAGUCACCAAAGCCUGUCAUGGAUGAAAGGAGCAUGCAGUUCUGGCUUGGCCUAGAAUCGCUUCACGUGUGGCUCAUCGAUUUGCAAAGGCUGCUCGGAGUUCACCUCGACGCUCUCAGCAACCCUGUCGUGCUGCGAGACCUGCUUCAGGAGCUGAGGCGACUCGUGCCCGAGACUGCAUCUCGCGAAUCCCAGCUGGCAGACCUGGAAGCCCAGUCACGACUGCUAUCGCCGGAGACCAACCGGGACGCCCUAGAGAGGUUUGCGCUCCUGCAGAGUGAACUCGGAAACGUGUACAACCUCUUGGAAGAGCGGGCGCGCGCAAUCGAGGAUCGUCUCCAGGCAGUCGAGCAGGACAGGAAAGAGGAAGAGGAGCUGCUGGCCUCUGGCAGUGAGGAAGCUCUUCCGAGGCGGCAGUUCGUUCAGGAACUGAACCAGUCUCUGCAAGACCACGAGUGCGCCGUGCUCAAGCUGCUGAGAAGCCCAGAGUCGGUGCCUCAGCAGGAGACCGACGGCACUCCCACGACCGAACAAGUUCUGCAAGAAGUACACCGUGCCAGCCAACCCUCCGUGGACACCGCUACACCCUCGUCAUGGCUAGACGAAGCACCAUCGGAAUCAAGCCCGGAGUCCUUGCGCGACACGUGGGCCCAGAUAGCGUCCAGCCUGCAGGAAUUGGAAGACGACGCCGACAUUGAGCCACGAAGGUUCCGCAUCAUUUACCUGCGCAUCAUCCAGCUAAUCAUCGUCUACCGAAGGCAAGCCAAGAGUGUUCUGUCAGGUCCUGCGGAUAAUCAAGAAUCGGUGCAGGCCUUGGAUUCGCGGCUUCCGGAAGUGAUGAGGAUCGUGAGAAGGCUCCCCGUCUUGGUGUCGAGCCGCGGGUCACGUCUUUCUCCCGAAGAACAGGCCGCGCUGAGUCAAGUCGGGAACGAGCUUGUCACCUACAUCGAGAGUUCAGAACCCGAGCUGAGAAACAUGAUCAGCGUGCGUCUCGCCCUUCAACAGGACGUGCGAAAACUUCAGGAACAAGUAUCUCGCCUGCUUCAGAAGGUCGACCAGGAGUUGGCACCGCAGCUGGAUCGCAUUCGUGAAGGAGAUCCCAACUGGAUCAGAAAGGUGGAAGCCUGGAUCGAAGCGUUGUGCGCAGCGCGGGCCGAGGUGAGGGAGUUGACGAGGGCCACCAUGGUACCGUCCACACCCGAGGACAAGGAUGUCGCGAGUCGCACACCUGCAGUGGCCAGCCUUGCACAGUGUUCACGCAGACUGCAUAUACUGUGGUGCCAGUGUCAACUCCUGGUACAAAAGGCCCUGAGGCAACAGGCCCUGCAGAACAGGCUGGCCGGCUGCAAGGCGGCCUCCAAGGCUCAGGAAACCUUCCUGGAACCCCUGAUCGCUCCCUGGUCUCCCACGGGCAGCCCUCAGCAAGUGAAAGAUAUUGAGGAUUCUGUGAAGGAGGCUCUCCAGGAAGUCCAGUUCCUCGAUGCUCUCGGAAAGCACCUGUCCAGCCAGAGCGACCAGUCCGCCGAGGCACCUGUGGAGGGUUCCUCAACGGACACGCUUGCCGAGGCCAGACUGGCUCAGCUCAGAUCUUCGGCUGCAGCGUUGAAGGAGCUCGAGGAUGCCGCAAGAGAGCAGCUUGCUUGGAUGCAGCAGCACCCACUUUGGGAGCCUAGCGGCCCAACAUCGCUGGAGUCGCUGGAAGAAGCACUGCGCUCUCUUGAGGACCUGGAAUGCAAGGCUCGCAUGCGAGUGCCCUACAUCCGCGACCUUGAGGACCUGUCCAGGAAGGUCGUGCUAGGACCCCACGUGCCUCCGGAGCAACAGCCAGCACGGCUCUUGCUGGACUGGCGUCAGUACUGGAUUCUCUUGUCAAGGAGAACGACCUGGCUGCGCCGAGAGGUGGCCCGCCUGCGUCGAAACAGGGAGCUGCUGGACAGAGCCAAUGCCGCCAUAACGGCGGCCGAGAGGUUGCUCAAGGACAAAGAGCCACAGGCUAGACAGCCAUCAAAGACCGUUGAACUGGCCAGACACUUGCACGAGGCCGAGAGGGAUCUGAAGAUCGCCGCUGAGAAGCCGUCAGGUGACGUGGUUUCCCUCGAAAGCUUGGAAGCGGACACUAGGAAGUUGAGUCACCGGCUUGGCAAGCUGCACGAAAACUUGCAAAAGGCUCGCGCAAGCUGGUCAACCAUGACCAAUCAAGAAGAUACUGAAAAGGCCGCAGAAGAGUUGCUCAGUGCCGCAGAACAAGCCGUCCAUCAUGUUCCCACGGCAGACCUCCCCAUGCUUCAGGCAUGCAAGGAAGAGAUGGAAGCGUGCAAACCGGCUUUGCUGUCAGCUCUGUCGUCAUGCCCGCCUGCCGACGAGGAGGCGCGCCGAAGGCUGUACGUCAUCCUCCGCCGUUGGCAGAUCAUCAUAGUUGUGCUGUUGAAGCAGCUCAGGGUCGCAAGGAGAAGCAUAGGCGAGCAAGACCGGGCCAUCAUGACGCGUUGCGCGUUGAGACCAAGCAUCGAGGCAAUGCAGGCCGCUCUCCAGCAAGUCGCAAGGGAGAAGCCCACAGAGCGUCGGCACAUUAGAUCCUGCUUGUACAUCAUUCAGUGGAUCAGAGAAAUGUUGAAGUCCCAGAGGGCUACCCUGGACAGCCUGGAAAGGAAGGGACAAGACGUUGCAGCUUUGCGCAAACAGCACGACGUGGCGGAAAAAGAAGCCGGCAAGCUGAGCCAAAGCCUGGAGAGUGCCUUCAGGGAAGUGGGCACUUACGAGAAGUCCUUGGACGCAGUGGAGUCCUUCCUAACACAGGCCGAGGACUGCCUGCAGCGCUACCUCAACUGCUGCCCUGAGCUGUACGCCAGCUACCUGCCGGCGCUUGAGGCUUUGGGACAGACACUGGAGAAACAGGAGAGGCCACUGCUGGGUAGUCUUGAGGCUGCUCAGGCAGAGCUGACAGACGGCCACGGACGCAAGCCCGAGAAAACUACGCGGGAGAGGGUUCGGCAGCUGCGGGACAGGUGGCACCAACUUAAGGACAAGACAUCUCAGCUGCACAAGGACAUGCUUCAGCUGCACUCCUUGUGGCUACGGUGGCUGACAGCGGAGGAGAAGCUCAUCAACUUGGCACUCAAGGCGGCCCACGAAGAAGACAGUGGUGGAGGAACCGAGCUGAGCUAUGCUCAGGCGGCUGCCCGAGCAGACGUUCGCUCCGCUUUGAGAGACCUCACCUCCGCAGACGUCUCCAGCCAACUCCUCGACGCCUCGCCACUGAAAGCGCGCAUCAAUGCCCUACAAGCAUCCGCCGCAGCACUCGUGGAGCCGCGGUUGGCACCCCAUCGCCACUGCGACUGGUCUGCCUUGGGCUUUGCCGCUCACCCGGCAAAACUUGAGCAGGAGCUCAAACAGCUGGAGAAGGUGCUCCCAAGAGAACCUGAAAGUGACUGGAGCGUGGAAAAACUGCAAAACCUUUGUGCUAAGCUAGAGAAGCUGUCCCGCGACGCGAUUCCACUGGGCGUGAAUCUCCACUGCAUCCGAACAGACGACUCGGACGACCUGCUCCGUCGAUGGGGGAUCCUCUGCCAUCGGCUCAUCAUCAUCUGGGGCAGCGCCCGGAGACUCCUCCUCCAGAAGGCACCCCUGGAAGACAGCUGCACGGACCUACUUCGGCUCAGCCAAAGGUCGCGCCAGACCCUGACCAGUCCGACGGGUCCCCCCUUCCGCGACCCGGCAACCUGCAGGCAGCACCUCGAAGACGUCGGCAACCUGCAGCUCCGGCUGGAGACGUUCAAGCCAAUGCUCGCGGCCUUGCGGCAGCGUCGAUCCACGCGCGAGCACGCGGAGUCUUGCGACCAGCUAGACGGGGCCAUGGACAGAUUGGCGCAGAAGGCGAGGGCACGGGCAGGAGAGGCCUGGCUCUGGCUGAGGCCGUGGAUCACGUUCUGGACAUCGCUGGACCAUGUGAACGGGCAGCUCUCGGCACUGGAACAGUCGGAAGUUGUGCAGCUGUCGGCACUGCCUGUGCUGGACCUGCGCUUCAUCUCAAUACUGUUCCAGCACGAGCAACUGGCAAAGCAAUUGGAAAUAGCGAGACGUCACUGGGAAGCCCUGCACAGCCAUGAAGAACAUCUGGUCCGCGUCGCUCCGGCCGGACCAUGGCUGGACGAAGUUGCGAAGCAGUCCCACGAGUCGCUUCGUCGCCUUGAGGCACUCGAAGCGAGGACGAAACAGCUCGAGAGGUGGUGUUCUCACUGGGACGCGCUGAAGCAAGAACUGCGCAAUCUAGACGCUAACAUGGCGGAUGUUCUGCAAAGAGUCGAGGCAGCUGCGUCAAGUUCGCACCAGCCCAGCUCACAGGAACAGGUGUUCAAGGAAAAGUUAGACCAGCUGAACCAAGCCAUAAAUGCGUCGAGCAAGUGCCUGGAGCAGGUUACGUCAGACUGUGUCGCCACAGAAUCGGAGGCUGUGAGAAGUCACAUAGAGCACACCAGCAAGGCUGCCAAGGCAUUGUUGGAAUGUGGGAAAUUCUCUCCGGACCAAAAAGAACAGGCGAAGAAGUGCGUGGAACAGUUCGCCAGUUGCUGCGAAGAGCUGGACCGGCGGAAGAAACGGGAAGACGAGAAGGCCGUGUCUAAACCGAGUGGCAACGCUGCUGAGCAGCUAAAACAAGAGAAUGAGGAAUCGCAGAGGCACAAGGACGACUGCGAUGGACUGCUGCGUUACGGUGCGUCUAUUGGAACUUUGCUCUUGGACGAGGACAUCAGGAAAGCAUUGGACAGCCAGCUCGCCGCCGUCAAGCAGUCGUGCAAUGAGACUGAAGGGACGCUGCAGCAAAGCACAUUGAGGCUGAACGGCAUGGCUGGCCUGCAGCAAGAGUUCGACGUGAGGCUAGAAGAGUUCAUCCUCUGGCUCGACAAUAUGGAAGCAUAUCUCACCUCUGCCAUCGUACCAGCAGAGACGCAGCGUGAACUGAAGCUGCUGAAUGAUAAGAAGCAAGAUGUGACUGAACACGGCGAACCACUGAAGCAGUUACAGACUACUCUCAGCGAUUUGCUCAAGCACUACCACGACCUAGUACCUGCUGCCGAUCAGGACAAGGCUAAGGAACAGCUGGCCGAUGCCGAGAGGCGCUGGCAGGCCUUGGUGCCGCUCAUCGAGGAACGCCGAAACAGAUUAAGUGCUGCGAACACCUUAUGGGAGGAAGUCAAGCAGUUGGCCGGCAGGCUCGCAAACGUGCGGACCGCGGAGGAGACCCUCGGCCGUACCUUUGGUGGCGACCUGGAAAGCCUUUUGCAAACAGUUGAAACACUGGAGCGCCUGCUGCCCGAAGUUCAAGAAAUAGAAGUCCCGCUGAACAACGUCAGCCGCCGGUACGAGGGCCUAGUUCAGGACUGUCCGGUAGAUGAGAGCCUCGGUGCGUACAUCGAUCAGUUGCACGACGACUGGCUCGCGAGGAGGCGCUCAGUGCAAGAAUCCCUGGAACGCUACCGCGAAGCGACGCACACCUGGGAGCUGUGGGACGCCCUGCGGGAGCAGCUCGUGCUGUGGCUGACCGAGAAGGACUUGGUCGUCAGCAGGCUUGAGAUGGGACACGCCACGGAGGACGACGACCCAGAGGCACUGCGACAGGAGCUUCUUCAAGGCAGCACCCGGUUCAACGAGCUGAGAGCCACCGGCUCGGAGGUAGAGCGGUUCGGCCUACUGCUGGCCGGCAUCGCCACGGGUCCAGCACUGGGAGAGCUGCAUCUUUACUGGCAAGACCUGUGCCAGCGUGCAGGUGCCCUGGUUGGAACCGGGUCACUGGAUGAGGGCGAGAAACCAAUUCAAGAAGACUUAGAGCAAAGUCAGCAACCAACUGACGCCGCUUCCUCAUCCAUCAUUCCUACUGUUGCCAGCGAGCACGGCGAAGUUACACCGGACAAGCUUCCAAUCGCCGGAGCCGCUUCACAGAAUCUUCACCAAGUUGUAAAUGUGCUCGUGAGCAACAUCAGCAAUGACCAGCGUCUCAGACGUAUGCGGAGCUCAUCGGAGAGUAGCGAAGCUGGUGACGAGCUGACGGAUUUGCUGGAAACCGUGGCUCCUGAGAAAGCCUUUGAACAAGAACAAGAAGAGAAGCCUGACGUUUCGGAUGUGGAGGAGGCACUACUGCGUCUGGAAAAGUGGCUCGAAACAGUGCCCGACCGGUUUGGACCGGACAAGAUACCGGAAGACCUCGAAGGACUGACCGCACUUGUCAACUCGCAUAGCGACUUCCUUGACGAGUGCCGCAGAUACAAGUUCCUCCUGGACUGGCUUCAAGGACAAAAGAUCAGAGAUUCUCAUCUACAGAAAAGGCUCAAGGCUGCUGCUGCACGGUGGGACACAGUAUGCCAGAACGCGUGGAACUACCAGGAGCGUCUGCGAUGGGCAUUGCUGCACUGUCCGCACUACAGUAGCGCCCUCCAACAGCUGGCCCUGUGGAUAAUCGCCACUAGGAAAUGGCUCAAGGGUCGGGAUAAGGAUGCCAACCUUCCAGCACGGCUCCUGGUGGCCCGUUACCGCCAGAUCCUGGUGCUGCAAGACCAGUUACAUCGGUUCCUACCACGGCUAAAAGCCCUGAACACGAUACAAGAGUCCACGCCCACGUGCGAGGACGAGUGCGACGCUGGACAACCGCGAGAGCACAAGAAGACCAAGGAUGCGAGCGAAGUGCUUGCCCUUCUGCAGUCCCUGUUGGCACUGUGCGCACUCCGAGCUAGCGCCCUUCGCAAGGACCUGCUCCAGUCCGAUCUAAUACCGCAUGAUCCAAGUCUUGAAGAAGAGAUCAUUCCAUCUACAAUGGAAGCCCAGCAGUCAGGCGCGGCUGGGCCGAUGUUCCUGGCCGAGCUAGACGUCGACGACGACGAAGUGUCGUCGGCGCGUCCCUGGUCGUCGCUGUUCUGGGGCCGCGUGGCCCGCACCGCUCUGCCCAUCCAGCUGCUGCUGCUCAUUCUGCUGGGCGCGGCCAGCCUGCUGCCCGUGUCCGAGGAGGACUUCAGCUGCGUGCUCACCAACAACUUCGCACGCUCGCUGGACCCGAUGCUGCGGUACCCGCAGGGACCGCCGCCCGUCUAGGCCUAACCCGUCUGCCAUCUUUCUUCAUUCGUCCGCCAGUGCUGCUUUCCCACGGCGGAUCAGCUCAUCCGAUCCGGUCGUAAAGAGUGUGUGCCCGCCAUCUUGUUCGCGCGGCGGACGAUAGACAGUUUCGUUCGUAGUGGACUUGUACGGUGUGCUCGAGAGAGGAACGAAUUAAGUCUUUGAAUUGUGUGUAGUGUCCGUGUUAGGCGGUAAAACAAUCGUUGGAUUUUAUAACGACGUCGUCGUGAAAGUCAUCUUUGGGGUACAAUCGUGCGUCUGGAUGACAGGCUCGUUUUGCGACUAUAGAGACUGACCGACAACAGUGCUAAUCCGCUGCCGUCGCUUUCGACGCGUGUGCAGAGUGAUGUGUGCUGACGUCAACGCACAGCGAGAUAUUUAGCGGUCCGUGAGAUCAACUAGGAAAAUUUGUUUUCUUUUUUUUUCUGCCGCAUUGCGAUGGUUCAUUGAUUCUGUGCAGAAUGGCACGAAAUUGCGGGUUCAAUUCCUGGGCCCAGAAGCCGCAUUUAGGGGAAGGCGGAAUGUAAGAACACUUAAUUGUGUGCCCUGUUUUCUUUUUUUUUUUGUGCGUCUCAAAGACAUUCAAGCUUCUGAAGUCUUCGGUACGCCAUGGGCGAAACAGCGUGCUGCCAUCGGCAAUUUUUUUUCUUGGCCGGGAGAAAAAAUUGGUGUUCGCAACCGCUGUAGCGCAAGGUCGUGCCUGGGAAGUUAUUUAAAUUUUUGUUAAUUAGGCUACAGGCUGCAAUUGUGCGCCAAUUUUUCAUGGAAACAGCUGGGCUCCCAAACGGCGAUGGGGCAACCACACUUCUCUUUUUUUGUUGUUGUUUUUUGUUUCUUUUCUCGCUUGCACACCGCCCAUGCCAAGAACAACGCUUAAAACAUUACUCGACUUUAUAUACGGUGCGCUAACAUUGGUGAGCUUUAGCGAACCGGGAAUCUGGUGCUAGGUGCCGAGUUUACGCGCAUGCGCAGAGGCCGGUCUGGCAUGCGCGUUCAUAGCCUCCUAGAGCCGAAACAGGAAGCUGCUUUACGGGAACGGAUCUCCGGUUCACUAAAACCCCCCAAGUCGUCAAUCGCCCAUAACAUGUUUGCCUUUCUGAUACGCUGUGAUAAGAGAGCAAAAAGGGAGAAGAAGAAAAAAAAAAGACUUAUCGCCCUGGUGUGAUGUGAUAGCGCUGCGGUAGCUGGUGCCUUUUUUUUUUUCAUAUAGGAAAAGCUAUACACGUUGCAUCUGCAUUUUUUUUUUUCGACAGUUUCGUUUUUCCUUGGCACUCUUGCUGCACCUUAAUUUCUUACAGUAAUCGUGCUACAGCUCUUUUUUUGUCGUCCUCGUCUCGUUAUUGUCCCAUUUGUCGACCCGUGUAUCCUAGAACGGUUUUUGCAACUAUUUUUUUUUUAAAAAGCCUCUCUAACGACGGACUCCCGAGAUUCACGCACGCGAAAGCCCGUCCGUCUCGGAGGCCAUGCUUAAAAACAGCGGUAUACGCGCUUAACCGUGCCACGGCUACGAAACUGUUUCUAUAAACUCAUACGCCUUUUCGACUACUACUUUCGCGCGACAAAACCCUACGAGGGUAACGAAUUACGACUUUCAUUGUUUUUUUGCCAAUUUUUUUACGAGCUCUUUGUACGAUAAACCAACUUCGGCUCGCAAAAACCAGGGGUGGACGACUUCGUAAUCAAGCAUAUUGUAACCAAUUAUCAAAGACCGCUGUUAUUUUACACGCAUGUUCAGAAUAUAUAUAUAGGAUGUUGUACUUAUCUGUGUAUCGUUUUAGGAAAGAUGUUUAAAUCAUGAAACUCUUGGAAUUAAUGUUUGUUAGUUAUAAUGGUCUCUGUUGACAAUCGUUUCGCUAGAGAUGCGAAUCUAUUUUAAUCAAUUUGUGUGUCCUGGGUAGUUCUGGCUUGCUUCUAUCAAAACUUUCGCUGCGAGUGCUUUGACUGCGCGAAAGUGAUACAAACCCUGUUGAUGCUUUUCAAGGGCGCGUGGUAUAUUUGUGUGUUGUCCUAUCGUUUCAGUACGACUAUGCAUGUCUUACGAGCCGCCAAGGCAGCUGCAAUGCGAGAAUAGUGUCAAUUGUGUUCCCACCUCCUUUCCCGGUGCUUGUUGAGCGUUGUUGAAAAAAAAAAAAGCCUGUACAGAAGAGCGAAUAAAAGUGUGUGUGUUUGCCUUUU